CGAUCGACCAAUCGAUUUGAUCGAUUCGAUUAAUCGAUUCGAUUUCGAUUUCGAUCGAUCGAUCCAACCUGUCAAUCGAUAUCAUAUCGAUCGAGUAGGAUCUCUAAUCGAUCGAUAUCGUAUCGACCAACCCCCCGAUCGAUCGAUUUGAUCGUCGAUCGCCAUGUACAUCGAAGGUGUCCCAGGGGUCCCAGCACGCGACGCGACGCGUGACAGCAGAAUAUCACCCACCGAAAAUGAGCUGUUUUUUGUCUCGUGCGGUUUGAAACUCCGCCAAUGCCUGGUUCAAUAGACUCUAGACGCGUCGCAACUAGGAACUUAUCUCGGGUCUUGUCCGAGUAGAAUAUAUACAGAUUAGACCUUAUCAACCUCGCAGCCUUCGAUUUGACCUCCUUUACACUAUUUGCGGACAGUUCCCAUCUCUAUGGACUCGUUUGAUGAGGACAUGGAGACUGCCUCCUCCACGCAGCCACCCUCUGAACCGUCAACCAGUUCAGCCUCAACGAAAUAUGCACCCGUCAGAUUUCCAGAUUAUGAGGCUUGGACGACAGAUAAAUUCAGGCGUUUCCCCGGAUUUACGAUCGGCCACGACCCUUCUCGAGAACGGACAUGGUGGUGGCGGUUUGGAUUCAGAAUGAAAGACAACCGGUCACGGCCCCACAUGAUCGUGUGGAUCUGCGAGCGAUGUUUCCUCCGGAACAAGCCGAAGACUACAAAUUAUGUCUUCAUCGCUUCAACUGGCGGAGGCAUUAUCCGACACCUGAGAAAGGAGCACAAGGUCAUG